AUGGCUCAAUCCUAUUGGAACUCUCUGGACAACAACGAGUUUGAGGGAGAUAUCACAGCGACUGAUGGUAAAAUAAUUAAGAUGAGAUGGAGUUCCGGUGCACAAGCAAAGUUAGAUGGUGAUGUCAGAGUACAGCUUGUUGAAGAGUGGAAGCUCAAAGCUGUGACUGAGCAUUUCGUUUUCACUGCUGCCUAUCAACUUGGUCGCUCCAGCGCCGUAGUCAUUGCCGCACCUCAUAAUUUUACCACCAAUUCCGGAGCUUCGAGGCAGAAUCGACUGCCAGACAAAGCGCAUAUCACCUGCAGACUUGGCGGCGACAAACCCUCUAAAGAUGUGGCAAGCAGCGAAAGCGUUCACGUUUAUCUGAAGAGCCUGGGAACUGGAAAUGACAAAUUCGAUGUCGCGGAAAUUGACGGAUUGCGGGUAAGGUCGAGAAAGAACAAAUCCAGCAAGAGCGCUUUGGACGUAGAGCGCAGCUCGCUCGGGUAA